GCCGUCGAACGCGCAACCCAAGAACGAGGCUGAGCCAGGCAGUCGUUUUGCCGCUUAGCAUAUCCUUUUUCUUUGUACUCGCUCCCGCCUGUUCCUGUCUUGAGCAGAAUUCGCCAACAUGAACAUCAUCAAGCUGCAAAAGAAAUACCCUCAAUUCGAGCAGGGUGAGAUUUUCGGCCUGCAGGAUGCCUUCCGUAGGCUCGACGUCGACGACAAGGGCUACCUCGACGAGAGCACCGUCAUCAAGGCUGCGCAGCAGUCGGAGCACCAGCCGUACGAUGUCGUGCGACAAGCCCUGAAAGAGGUCGAGCUCGACAGUUCACGGAGAGUAGAGCUGGACGAUUAUGUCGAUCUCAUUUCCAAACUGCGUGUCUCGUCCCCCGCUCAGCAGCGCAUGUCUACGGGCCCAACCCGCCCCCGAGCCGGCACCGCUUCCAGCGUCAACUCGCCAUCAAAUCCUGGACACUCCUCCAAGAACAGCAUUGGUGGUGGUGGCAGGAUUCAAGUCCAGGGCUCUUCUGCAAACGUUACCCACACUAUCAACGAAGAUGAGCGAACAGAGUUUACCCGCCAUAUCAAUGCUGUCCUCGCUGGCGACCCAGACAUUGGUGAUCGUCUGCCCUUCCCUACCGACACAUUCGAGAUGUUCGAUGCUUGCAAAGACGGUCUGGUGCUGUCCAAGCUCAUCAACGACAGCGUACCAGAUACCAUUGAUGAGCGUGUACUGAACAAGCCCGGCAAGAAGAUCAAGUCGCUGAACAACUUCCACUUUACUGAAAACAACAACAUUGUCAUUCAGUCUGCCAAGGGUAUCGGAUGCUCAGUCGUCAACAUUGGCAGCGGAGACAUCAUUGAAGUGCGAGAGCAUUUAAUUCUGGGUCUGAUCUGGCAGAUCAUCAGGAGAGGUCUGCUAGGAAAGAUCGAUAUCAAGCUACAUCCUGAGCUCUACAGGCUACUCCUAGACGACGAGACAUUGGAGCAGUUCCUGCGCCUGCCCCCGGAGCAGAUCCUGCUGAGGUGGUUCAAUUACCACCUGAAGAACGCCAAGUGGCACAGGACUGUCUCCAACUUCUCAACAGAUGUCAAAGACGGCGAGAACUACACUGUCCUCCUUAAUCAGCUAGCACCCGAAACCUGCUCUCGUUCCCCGCUCCAGCAAACUGAUCUCCUCCAACGCGCUGAGAUGGUCCUACAAAACGCCGAUGCCCUCGACUGCCGCAAGUUCCUCACGCCCUCAUCACUCGUAGCCGGCAACCCGAAGCUCAACUUGGCCUUCGUCGCCAACCUGUUCAACACACACCCAUGCCUUGAUCCCAUUACCGAAGAGGAGAAGGCCGAGAUCGACGACUUUGAUGCGGCAGGAGAGCGCGAAGCCCGUGUCUUUACCCUGUGGCUCAACUCUCUCGAUGUUAAGCCGGUUGUGCAAACUUUCUACGAAGAUCUUAAGGAUGGUACCGUCAUUCUGCAAGCAUAUGACAAGGUCAUCCCAGGCAGUGUGAACUGGCGACACGUGAACAAGCCACGGGACGGCCAGGAGCUGAUGCGCUUCAAGGCUCUCGAGAACACCAACUACGCCGUUGAACUCGGCAAGCAGGUCCAGUUCUCGUUACCCGGUAUCCAGGGAGCUGAUAUCACUGACGGCCAGCGCACACUUACUCUUGGUCUCGUAUGGCAACUGAUGCGCAAAGACAUUGUCUCUACACUCAAUGGUCUUGCCCAGCGUCUCGGCAAGCGCGAAAUCUCCGAUGCGGAUAUGAUCAAGUGGGCAAACGACAUGGCACGCAAGGGCGGCCAGGGCAGCCAGAUUCGAUCCUUCAAGGAUUCUUCUCUCAGCAAUGCCAUCUUCCUGCUCGAUGUUCUGGCUGGCAUGAAGCCCGCAUAUGUCGACUACGACCUCGUCGCUCCUGGUCGCAAUGACGACGAGUGCUACCAGAACGCUAAGCUGGCUAUCAGUAUUGCGCGAAAGAUGGGCGCGACAAUUUGGCUUGUGCCAGAUGACAUUGUUGCAGUACAGAGUAGGCUUAUCACCACCUUUAUCGGUAGUUUGAUGAGCACGGGUGAGAAAUUGGCGGGGCAGUAG